AUGCGUGUCUCCGUCCUCACUCUCCUCGCGGCCACCGCUGCCUACGCCGCUCCCGUCGCCGAGGCUGCCGACGCCAGCGUUGACUCCUACGCUCCCAAGUACUCUCCCAAGCCCACCUACGGUGCCCCGAAGCCAGAGUACACUGCUCCAGCCGUCAACCCCUUCGAGGUCAUUAGCGACGCUGCUCUAGCUAUUCUCAAAUUCAAAUUAUACCUCAUCGAGCAAGGUGCUAAGAUCAUCUUGUCGCCUUUCGAGCAGCAGUACACCGACAAGUACCACCCGGCGCCUGCUUACCCGGCCCCGGCCACUCACUACGCCCGUGGCUACGAGCCCAAGCCUACUUACGGCAAGGAGAACCCCUUCGAGGUUCUCAGCGAUGCCGCUCUUGCCGUGUUGAAGUUCAAGCUAUACUUGUUGUCUCAGGGCGCCAAGAUCAUCCUCUCGCCUAUCGAGGCCGCAUACAAUGAGGCUCACCACCCUGCCCCCGAGUACCCUGCUCCCAGCCAGCACUACGCCCGUGGCGAGUACAAGCCCGAGCCCACCUACGGCAAAGAGAACCCCUUCGAGGAGCUCUCCGAGGCUGCUAUCAAGCUCCUGCAAUUCAAGUUGUACUUGAUUGAAACCGGCGCCAAGAUCAUUCUGUCGCCCGCAGAAGCCUUGUACAACGAGACCCACCACCCAAAGCCUAGCAAGACCUACUACUGA